AUGCCGAGCCAUACUCGUAGAUCGAAUCCUUUGAUAAACCCAGAACGGCCUCGUCUGGCCCUUGGCCUUGAAGGAUCUGCAAACAAACUCGGAGCUGGUGUGAUCAAACACACUGAGGAUGGAUCUUCGAUAGUAUUGUCAAAUGUCAGGCACACCUACAUCACCCCACCUGGGGAGGGCUUUCAACCCCGGGACACCGCUCUACAUCAUCGUAAAUGGGCACUCGAGGUCAUCAAUGACUGUCUUUUGAAGGCAAACGUAUCGAUGCAUGAUUUGGACUGUAUCUGCUAUACUAAGGGACCUGGCAUGGGUGCUCCUCUUCAAUCCGUAGCUCUUGUGGCCAGGACGUUGUCUCUUUUGUUUGAAAAACCAUUAGUGGGGGUUAACCACUGUAUCGGUCAUAUUGAAAUGGGGCGGGAAAUCACUGGAGCAAAAAAUCCAGUUGUUCUCUACGUGUCGGGUGGCAAUACCCAAGUGAUUGCAUAUUCACGGCAAUGCUACAGGAUAUUCGGAGAGACGCUCGAUAUCGCUGUUGGGAACUGCUUGGACCGCUUUGCUCGAGUUAUCAAUUUGAGCAACGACCCCAGUCCAGGUUACAACAUCGAGCAGGAGGCAAGAAGGGGGAAGCGACUUCUGCCGUUGCCAUACGCCACCAAAGGAAUGGACAUCAGUCUUUCUGGUAUUCUGACGUCUGCGGAGGCCUUUACGUACGAUAAGAGGUAUCGACCGGACGGGAAACAAAAGAGUCCAGAAGACGAAGAUGUUAUAACACCUGCUGAUCUUUGCUUUUCCCUUCAAGAAACAGUAUUUGCAAUGCUUGUUGAAAUCACUGAACGAGCUAUGGCACACAUAGGUAGCAAAGAAGUGCUAAUCGUCGGUGGUGUCGGUUGCAACGAAAGGCUGCAAGAAAUGAUGGGCAUCAUGGCUCGAGAAAGAAAUGGAGAGGUGUUCGCCACAGAUGAGCGCUUUUGCAUUGACAACGGCAUCAUGAUUGCGCAAGCUGGCCUCCUCGGCUUUCGUAUGGGCCAAACUACACCCCUUGCAAAGAGUACAUGCACUCAAAGGUUUCGGACAGACCAAGUUGAUGUCAUCUGGCGAGCAUGA